UAUUUUGCUUAAUUUGACUGUUUUUUAGAUAUGUAUAUAAAUAAUUAUCGUACAUUGUGUAUAUCUUUAUAGUCUUAUGUCAUAUUCAAAGUGGGGGAACAUUCAUCAUUAAAUCAUUCCGUAUCGAAGAUAUUAAUUUAUAAACAAUGCGCAAAAUAAGUACAAUAUGAGUGACAUGAAAAAAAAAGUUUAUCAUUCUGCAGUGUUUAAAAAACGAACAAAAAAUGACGAUAAUGCUGAAUUGUCAGAGGUUAUCAUUAUAUCUGCUAGAAAAAAUGGAAAUUUAAAUCUCUCUUCGAAGGGAUUAUUCACGGCUUUGCAUGUUAGAUAUUGUGAAUAAUGCAAUAAAGCAAACAAUGUUUAAGAUUAUCUUACAAGAUUAUCACAUAUAUCCAUUAAGUACCUGAUAGAGUAUGGACUAUAAAUGAUUUAACUGAAGAAGAAAUAAAAAAUUUACAUGUUGAACUUGAUUAUAUUCAUGAUAAUGAACGAUGGUGGGAACAAGAACCUCUCAAAAUGUUGGAUUUAAGUUGCAACAGUUUAAAGGCAAUUGAUUCAAAAAUAGAAUGUUUGACAGAAUUAACUACAUUAUAUUUACACAAUAAUUUAUUGGAAGAUUUGCCAAUUGAAAUAGGAAAUUUAAAAAAGUUAGAAAUACUAAAUUUAUCAAAUAAUAAAUUAGAAAAAUUACCACAUGAAUUUUAUAAACUAAUUGAAUUGCGUCAAUUAAGCUUAAAAAAUAAUAAUAUAAAACAGCUUGAUCCAGCAUUUGGUGAUUUCAUAAUGUUGACUUAUUUGGACUUAUCAUACAAUAAUUUAACUGAAUUACCAAUUGGAAUGGGAUAUUUAGUUAGACUUAUUUCUUUGGAUUUAAAUCAUAAUAUAUUAAAAGAGUUACCACCUGAUUUAACAAAUAUGAGAGCAUUACAAAAGUUAAAUGCAAGUUAUAAUGACUUGGAAAUAUUGCCACCUCUGGGUGAAUUAAGGAAGGUAGAAACAGUGAUGUUGCAAACAAAUAAAUUAACAACAUUUCCUGAUAUGUCUGGUUGUAUACAGUUAAGAAUACUACAUUUGGCUGAUAAUAACAUUACUGAAAUUGAUAUGUCUUGUUUAGAAGGUGUAGGACAAUUAAAAACAUUGACAUUAGGAAAUAAUCAAAUUGAAUCUAUACCAGAGGAAAUAAUAAAAUUGGUGUAUCUAGAAAUUUUUGAUUUAUCAUACAACAAAAUAACUCUAAUUCCAGAACAUAUUGGCUUAAUGCCUAAUAUAAAACAACUUAUAAUUGAUGGAAAUGAUAUAAAAAAUAUUAGAACAGAUAUAAUACGAUGUGGUACAUCUCGAAUUUUAAAAUAUAUACAACAAGGUCUUAAAAGUACAAACUUAGAUUCCAAAAAACAUGUAACAUUAAAUACUAGUACAAAUAUUUAUCCAGAUAGAUAUACAAUGCAUAGUACAAAAUUGUUGAGUUUGGCUGGACAAAAUCUUACUGAAAUACCACAAGAAGUUUUGGAAAAUGCAUGUAAAGCUGAUGUAGGUACUGUGGAUUUAAGUAGAAAUAACUUUUCUACAUUACCUGAUGAAUUACAUAUAAUUACAAAAGUUGCUGAUUUAAAAUUGACAUCUAAUCAAUUAACACAUAUACCAGAAUGGAUUUGUGAAAAAUAUAAAUAUCUACAAAUUUUAGAUUUAAGCAAAAAUUGUUUAGAAUCACUUCCUUCUAACAUUGGCUUGCUUAAAUAUUUACAAGAACUUAAUAUUUCAUUUAACAGAUAUAAAGAAAUACCAGAAUCAGUUUAUGAUGUGAGUUCUCUAGAAAUAUUAAUAGCAAAUGACAAUUUAAUUACUAAUAUUGAUAUAUUAUCUCUACAAAAAUUACAAAAACUUACAAUAUUAAAUCUUGCCAAUAAUAAUAUUGGAUACAUACCACCAGAACUUGGUAAUUUAAAAAAUCUAAGGAAUCUAUCUUUAUCUGGAAAUUGUUUUAAACAACCUAGACAAGCAAUUCUAAUGAAAUCUACAGAAGAAAUUCUUGCAUAUCUUAGAAACAGAAUACCUCAGUAAAAUUAUUAAAUUAUUGAAGAAAUUUAUAAUUAAGAAAAUGUACAAAAGUAUUUAUAAAUAUAUAAUUGAGACAAUUGAAUAA